CAUCAGCCCUGGAGCCCCACAGGCAGCGCGGCUGCUGCAGGCACUGUGACUGUGGCUGUGCUGCUGCACGGAGCCCUCAGUGCUUGCAGCUGACACAUGCCUCUGGCAGCCAUGAAUUGGCUCAGCCUCCUCAUCCUGCUGACCAUGGCUGGAAUGAUGCACGGGUCAUGGGACAACUGCGGAGGGAUAUGUGGGCUCCGACCCAUGGUGUAUGACUAUGAGUACAUGGAUCAUGACGACGGCACAACACGCGUCGUAGGUGGUGCAGAUGCCAAGCCAGGAGCCUGGCCCUGGAUUGUCAGCCUUAAGCAUCCUGCAAUACCAGGCACAAGACACCUCUGUGGAGGAUCUCUCAUCACUGCAGAGUGGGUCCUCACAGCAGCCCACUGCUUUGACCCCAUCAGGAAAAUUGGCAUGGUGUAUCUGGUGAUUGGGGCCACCCAGUUGACUAAGCCAGGACAUGGAGCACAACUGCGACGGAUUAAGAAGUUAGUGCGUCAUGAACACUAUAAUCCAAGUGACAAAAGUAACGACAUUGCCUUGGUAGAACUGAGCAAGCCUGUUGACUGCAAUCCCUACGUCCAGCUGGCCUGUGUGGCUGACCCCGCCCUAAGCCUGUCAGAGCUGCAGAACUGCUGGGUGGCUGGUUGGGGUUCUACUGCUGCAAGAGCUCCAAAGUCAAGUGAUGUCCUACAAGAGGCCAAGGUCCAGCUCAUCGAUGUCCAGCUCUGCAACAGCAGUGGCUGGUAUGCAGGGGAAGUCCACACCCACAACUUGUGUGCUGGUUACCCACAGGGCAACAUCGACACCUGCCAGGGUGACAGUGGUGGUCCUCUCAUGUGCCAGGAUAAAAACAGUGAUUUCUUCUGGAUUGUUGGAGUGACCAGCUGGGGAAGAGGCUGCGCCAGAGCAAAGCGUCCUGGAAUCUACACCUCCACUCAGUACUUCUAUGACUGGAUUGGCAUCCACAUCGGCCUGGAGACAAUUGAAAAUGUUUUUUGAGCACCAGGGUGGGCAACAUCAACGGCAUACUGCAGUGCACAGCAAGUGUAUCCUGCUUGGGCAAAGCCUGCUGAUCCAAAGUCAGCCUCAGGGGCAAAACCCUGCUCUGUGUUCCUGACCACACUCCUCUCCUCUGUGCAUGCACACACUGGAGUUGAUUUAAUUGUUGAAGUAAAGUUACCUUUGUUCACAGAGAA